GCUCUGUUCCCAUUGUGUGAGAGAUAGUAAAUACUGACACUGCCAGACAAGCAUUGCAUAUAUUUCAUUGCGUGAAAUAACAUACAUUCACCAAAGGUGAUCCUUUGUUGCUAUGGCACGUACCAAGCAGACAGCUCGUAAGUCUACCGGAGGGAAAGCCCCUCGUAAGCAGCUGGCCACAAAGGCCGCUCGUAAGAGUGCGCCCUCCACUGGCGGUGUGAAGAAACCUCACCGUUACAGGCCCGGUACCGUGGCUCUUCGUGAGAUCCGUCGGUACCAGAAGUCUACUGAGCUUCUGAUCCGGAAGCUGCCCUUCCAGCGCUUGGUCAGAGAAAUCGCUCAAGACUUCAAAACUGACCUGCGUUUUCAGAGUGCAGCCAUCGGAGCCCUUCAGGAGGCCAGCGAGGCAUACCUGGUUGGACUGUUUGAGGACACUAACCUGUGUGCCAUUCAUGCCAAGCGUGUCACCAUCAUGCCCAAAGACAUCCAGCUGGCACGCCGUAUCCGCGGGGAGCGUGCUUAGACACCCGCCGUUCCUCUUUCUGUUCCCUCUCUUUCUCUCUCUCUCUCUCUCUCUCUCUCUCUCUCUCCAUGUCUCUCCCCCUGUCCACUCACCACUCCUCCCUCGUUUCUCAGUAGAGUGUAGAGUAUGAGUGAGGAGGAGUAGCUGUGUUCAGUCCAGUCUGUUAGUGCUGUCUCCUCCAGACACGUAGGGUACCUUUUAUCUGCAUGUAACAGGUGCUGGUGAUCUAACACACACACACACACAUGCGCACGCACACGCACAUGCACGCACUCACGCAAACAACCGGAGCGUAAACGAGGUCUGCCUGUGCCCAGCAUAGGUCUUUUCACAAAAACACAGAUAAAAAUACACACACACACACACACACACACACACACUUGCACACUGUUGGGCUGGUCAGAGGUGAUGGUUGAGGGCAGUGUAGUGGAGUCUGGGGUUAGUCUGCUUAAGGGAAGCAGCAACUUCCACAGCAGGGUGCUACUAAAACUACCCCAGCCUUCCACAUCUGCCCCACCCAUGCCUGUCCUGACCCCACCAUCUGCAUACAGAACUACGCACACAUCAGUCUGCCACAUCUGCCCCAGGUCUCCCCUCCCUGCUCUAUCCAACAGAGCUCCGUCUACCCAUCCCGGUCACCACUUCAUCCACUUUCUCCCAGCCGAGCUCCAUCUUCCGUCCUCCGACUUUCCUUCUCUAAUUUGCCCCUUGUCUCUACACCUGGGUUCAGAGCUCUGUGUGUGGGUGUGGGUGUUGUAUGAGGCUUGUUUCUCUGUGAGUGUGUGUGUGUGUGUGUGAGUAUGUGUGUUUAGAUCAGUAAAGCAGAAUCGUAUUCAACUGCAAACCAGCAUCUGUUGGUCAAAAGUUGUUACUUAUAAUAAUGAUAAUUACUAUUAUUGUGGAUAUGGUGUUUUUUCCUUUUUUUUUACAAUACAUAAAUAUACUUUGUUUUUACCACUGUUAGGAAAUGAGAAUAGAUUCAGAGUGAUUUUUUUUUUGUUUGUUUGUUUGUUUGUUCCUAAUAGUAGUGAAUGCCGAUCUUGGACCGCUUGUUGGAAAUCGGGGAGCCACUAGAGGGCACUCUAAACCAGCCUCUCAUUCAGCCUCACUGUAGACAGUCAUCUUCCUCACUCUAUCCUUAUUGAACUUCUCUCUCUCUCACUUUCUCUUUUUCUUAUGACUGCUCUUUGCUCUCUUUUUCUCUUCCUGUAUCCUAGCAUCUUUCUCACACUCCCUCUUUCGUUAUCCCUUUCUUUCUCCCCUCUCUUUUCCUCAUUCUGCCAUUGGAGAUCGGCAUUUGGUGUCACAAAGCGUAGCAGAGAAAAAAAAUCAUGUUUAGUUCUUUGAGUCUUUCACUUUACAUGUAGAUCUCUUCCCUCUCUCUUUCUGGUGAUACACAAUAUAACCUCAUGUUUGUUUGUGUUUUUUUUCUUUAUUUUUUCUUAUUCAGAAAUUGAAAUAAGCUGAUCUUUGUAUUUUCCAAAUUUCUCAUAGUAUGGUGGUAAUAAAUAGGUGUUACA